GCUCGGACCAAUCCACUUUGGUUGUUAUCUCCCUUCUUUCUUUCACUUCUCAGUCCUCGCACGGGGCAGCCGCUAUUCGAAUCCACCUCGCGGCUCCAUCUGCUUCUUGUCGCGGUUCCCGUCGUCCAUCGCGAUCCCGAAGACUGUUCAUUCUCGCGCCUCAAUCGAAGUCUGGGAGCCGUCCCCUUCCCAUCAUCUCUGUCUGUCUAGGGUUGCCAGGAACCUCAUUUGACUGUCUGGUCAAGGAGCUCAAACUCUCUGCUGGUAGCAGUAGCAGUAGGAGAAGCAGAAGCACGAAGAUGCUGAAGUUCCUGUCAAAGGUGAGAAUCGAGUUCAACGCCCUCGACCCGCGCAUCGCGUCAUGCAUGGAGUUCCUGGCGCAGUGCAACGCCCGCAAAGCCAAGGAGUCCAACCCCGCCUGCCAGGUCGUUGUCAAGCGCCGAACCGAUGAACACCCGCCCCAGAUCACCGUCACCUUCGUCAAUGGAGUCGAGGAGGUCUUCGACGCCACCUCUACCCCUGCCCAAAACAUCCGGACCAUGAUCCUCGAGAAGGGCCAGUACCUCGAGACUGAGCAGAUGUUCCAUGAGGCGGGCGAGGCGUGGCCCGUCAUCAUCCCUGAUGAGGAGCUCCACCAGUUCGCCCCCGGCACUAAGCCUCGGAAAGCAGAGGAGAAGAAGCUGUAGGAGCCCAUCCUUGCUCAAUGUACUCUUGCAGGCCAUCAUCAUAUAUGGCCAUCUUAUCCUCCGAGAACCUGGUUGAAUCUUUCUUAUCACCAAGGAGCACAAUAACUGAUGCAGAGCUUCAAGAUUUAGCAUGUUGAUCAAGCUUCUUGAUGCUGCUGAGGGACUGUUAAGAUGAAAGAGUUUUCUUCAAUUGAGUUCUCUUUCCUUCGUGGCGCUACAAUUGUUUCCAAUUAGGCGCGAUCAAAGUAGUGACAUGUUCAGUUGGACACUUUUUGGUAACGGUUGCUUGUAAGUCGCUCAUUUUGGUUACUAAGACGGCAAAAGUUCAUUCCUCACACCCUCAUUGAUUGGAACCAUGAUCAAUCAUGAGGUACAAUCAUAGUGUCGACUUUCCAAUCA